CCUCAAAUAGUCUUAACAGAUUUUGAGAGUGCUGCUAUAAAUGCUGUUCAAUUAGAGUUCGAUGAUGUUCAAAGUAAGGAGUGCCACUUUCAUCUAACUCAAAGCAUUUAUCAUAAAGUUCAAAAUUGUGGGCUUUCUUCACGUUAUGAUACUGACGAAUCCUUUAGUUUACUAAUAAGGCAUAUUCUUGCUCUCGUGUUUUUGCUGUAUAAUGAAAUAUCAGGUGUGUUUGACAAAUUGAAUUCUAUUAUUUCAUCUGAAGCCUAUAAGGUCAUGCAAUAG